GAUUCUGGGAGGAGCUCUGGAUGUGUGGCAAUGUCUGCCAUGUCUGGAGAAGUCGCUGUGAAUUAAGUGUGUGUCGAUAAUUAAAAAAGUUCCAGGUGAACGAAUGUUUCAGUCAUGCGGAUAUUUGGGGAAAGUUAACAGGAGAAGCAGCUUUUAUGCACAGCGCUGCGCAAUACGUGACUAGACAAGUAAAACCCCGAGUGCUUUCAAGUAAAGUUGUUCAUAGAUGAUUGUUUCUGGUCAAUAUUUGAAGAAGCAGGUUAGUGAUUAACUGUCCGCAGCAGCUGCACAGACUCCCAGCAGCUCCGUCACUCUGCCCGCUUCACCAUGCAGUGCGUCCGGGUCUGGAGCUCCCUGCGCCGGGCAGCUCACCGGGCAGCGUGGACACGAACCCAGAGCCACGCAGCAGCGGCCAGGCUGGACCUCAGCGGGAUCUAUCCGCCCAUCGCCACUCCCUUCACCGCCAAGGAGGACGUGGACUAUCAGAAACUGGAGGAAAACCUGCGCAGAUAUGCCAAGAUACCGUUUAAAGGUCUGGUGGUUCAGGGCUCCAAUGGCGAGUAUCCCUACCUGACGGAGGAGGAGCGGGUGGAGGUGGUGAGGACGGUCAGAAGAUCUCUGCCGACGGGGAAGCUGCUGAUGGCCGGAUCAGGCUGUGAAUCCACCGGAGCCACAGUCCGGCUCACGGAGAAGAUGGCGGCAGCCGGAGCCGACGCCGUCCUCGUGGUAACGCCCUGCUUCUACAAGGGCAAGAUGGACAGCCGCGCUCUGAUCCACCACUUCACCAAGGUGGCCGACAGCAGCCCGGUGCCGGUGGUUCUGUACAGCGUUCCGGCCAACACGGGGCUGGAGCUGCCGCUGGACGCCGUGCUGCAGCUUUCUAAGCACCCAAACAUCCUGGGCAUCAAAGACAGCGGAGGAGACAUAACACGGAUCGGCCUGAUUGUUCACAAAACCAAGACGCAGGAUUUCCAGGUCUUAGCCGGCUCGGCAGGGUUCCUAAUGGCUGCCUAUUGUGUUGGUGCUGUCGGUGGGGUGUGUGCGCUGGCUAAUGUUCUGGGCCCGGAGCUGUGUGAGUUGGAGCGUCUGUGUGUGUCCGGGCGUUGGGAGGAAGCCAGAGUCCUGCAGCAGCGCUUCAUCGAGCCCAACGCCGCCGUAACCAGGAAGUUGGGAGUUCCCGCCCUCAAACAGGCGAUGGAGUGGUUUGGUUUCCAUGGCGGCGCCUGUCGAUCACCUCUUCAGCCGCUCACGGAGGCCGAGACUCAGCAGCUGAGGCAGGACUUCUCCUCCAACGGCUGGCUGUGAUCAGUCUGUCUGUCUGUCUGUCUGUCUGUCUGUCUGUCUGUCUGUCUGUCUGUCUGCCUGUCUGCCUGUCCUCACUACACACAGUUAGAGAGUGUUGCUUCUUCAUGACUCCCUGUGAUGAAAGCUUUGUCUCAUUUGAGUCAAAUUUACACGUCCGUUUGUUUCACUUGUUGCUAAUGACAUUUAACGGGCUAAAGACAACGCAGCGAUGCAGAGCGCACAGAGGUGUGCAUCUAUACGUGAAGAGGCGAUCCGAUACAAAUCUAGAUGGAUGGGUUACGAUACGAUUCACUAACGAUGCAUUUUAAUACAUGACGAUGCGAUUCGAUGCAGCUUGAAUGUAUUUGUGUGGUGAAAAAAAGAGAAAUAAAUCAGGUCAAAACAA